AUGAAGUCCACGAUCCCUUUUCUUAUCAUCGCCCUUGCAGGUUCAGGCUUUGCACGCUGGUACAAGCGCGAUGAAUGCGCAACUGCGUGUACUGACGCAUAUAACUCAUGCCGAGUUGAACCAGACGCCAGCCAAGCAUUCUGUGCGGAGGAUUACGAAAGAUGUCUCGGAUUCAAUCCAUUCUUGAGCUCAAACUCAAUCAAAGCUCCGACAGCAUGCUCAAGAGGCGCUACAGGGGCUUCUAGCACGGCAGCUGUAGAGUCAACCACUGUUCUCAACACACGUUCAGGCACUUCCAGCUCUUCAGCACCCGCAUAUGGCGCGAGUUCAUCUUCUACUGUUGGUGCUGACACCACGACUCCCGCUAUCAGUACAGACACAGGUAUACCUGAAACAUACGACUGCGUUACCGAGUGUAACGAUGACUAUAACACCUGUCGUACCGCACCAGACGCCAACAUGGCCAGUUGUGCUGCCCAGUACGCCCAAUGUCUCGGGUACAACCCUUUCCAUGGAGAGGGUUCACUGGUUACUCCUACUGCUUGCUCUGUCCCUGCUUCUGUCACCACUCAAGUGACCCAGUGGAACUCAAGCCCACAACAAUCACAGAUGGCUUCACAAUCUGAAGCCCCUCAGCCUGAUACAACGGCUGGACCGGCGACGUCUUACCAACAACCAGUAGCUACCUGCGAUGCUGGUACAUGUAUGGAUGGCACUAAAACUGAUGGUGGAACUCCAGGAAUGGCGACGGAGCCCCCAGUCAUUGUUGACGCGGCUGGAGAUGCCAAACCUUGGAUAGGCUUUGUGGCUUUGGCAAUUGCUGUCGCACUUUAA